GAGCUACGAGUAUUUCUAAAAACAUUGCUCUUCGUUGACGGCUGAAAUUUAAGUAGAAACUUAUAAAAUAAACUUUUAUGCGGAAGAAUAUUUGGGGAUAAUGCGGUAUUAGAAAAACCCUCAAAUGUGUCUGAAUCGAUCAGUGCCAAUCUUGGAUGCUACUCGGGAACAUUUUCACAGAAGUUUUGAGAAUAUCAAAAUCGAAAAAGGAUGAAAUUCGAAUUACCACUAACAGAAGUAUGAAACCCUGAAGCUCUACUCUGAAUGCAACCCAGGAACAAUAUGUUCUUCAACAAAGAAAUUCAUAAAUAUAUGUGAAAAUGUACAAUCAAAAACCUAAAACUAUUUUCCAACCCAUCUACAUUAUUCUCACUUCACGCAAAUACAAGAAAUGAGAUACCUUCGAGAGAUACAAAAAAUGGAGUAUUAUUUAGACUCCAUGUACUGUACCACUAGGCGUAAUUUGAUCUAACUUAGCCUGAACAAAUUCAGUGUCGUUUAAAAAGCUCUUUGGCAGUCUCAACUUUCAAUUAAACUCGAGUCAUAAUACGAAAACGCAGAUGAAGAUUCGUUCCAGCCAGAGGCGAGGCACACUCGCAGGCACAAAGGGUACGCAUACAGAUACGGAUACAUGUGCAGAUGCAGAUACACUACUAUGCCUUCCAUUGGGAAUGAUCUGACUGGAGACGGGGCACGACGAGCCAAUGGCGGAGCGUAAAUGGCAACAGUUGCCGCUAAAUGGUGACUUAAUGGCUGAAGAGACACACAAACCACCCUCGAAUUGGUCUUUAGGGGUGAGUGUCAGUGCGAGUGUGAGUGCGUGUGGAAAACAACCCCCGAAGACACAGGGUCGUUGCCUAUAUAAGAUACGGAUAGCGGUCCAGUAGCCAGACAGUCUCGUUCAGCCAGCGAUCGUGUUCACUACCUCAGUCCAGGCCAAGCUCAAUAAACAGAAAAUGUCGCGCUCUUUCCUGAUGGAUUCCCUGCUCAGCGAUAUGCCGCCCCUAAGCAAGAAAAAGGAACCUUCCAGCUCCGCUAGCCAAGGAGCCAGUGCAGCAGCCGCCGCGGUGGCCGCAGCAGCCAUGUUGCCCACCAUCCCCAUUCUGCCAUAUCCGGCCAGCUAUGUGGGCAGCUACCUCUUCUCCCUGGGCAUCCAGCAGCAGCAGCAACAACAUCAGGCGGCCAUGGCAGCAGCAGCUGCCCUCCAGCAGCAUCCCCAUGCCCACGCCCAUGCCGGGACCAGUUCCGGCUCGCUCUAUCAUCCUUACGCCCAGCUCUUCGCCACCAAGAGGAAGUCCAGCGGGUUCAGCCAGUACGAGAACUGCUAUCCGUCGCCACCGCUCUCAGCCAACCCUAGCAGCAGCUCCCAGCAGAUGCCUCUUCACUCCUUGUAUGGAGGAGCUCCGGGAGCGGCCUGCCCUCUGCCCCUCCCCGAACCAGGCAGCUUCUGCACAUCGCCCUCGGCAUCCUCGUCGGCUUCCCUGGAUUACACCAACAACUUCGAUGAUCAACCACAGGCGAAGCGCUUCAAGCACGAGUCCUCCUGCUCCCCCAACAGUUCCCCACUGAAGUCCUCGGCCGUGCCAUCGGACAUCACCCCACUCAUCAGCGACUAUGCCGAUUCGAGCAAACGGAUUCGUACCGCCUUCACCAGCACCCAGCUAUUGGAGCUGGAAAGGGAGUUCUCCCACAAUGCCUAUCUGUCCCGGCUGCGUCGCAUCGAGAUCGCCAAUCGCCUGCGGCUCUCCGAGAAGCAGGUCAAGAUUUGGUUCCAGAAUCGUCGCGUGAAGCAGAAGAAAGGCGGCUCCGAGAGUCCCACAUUCAAUCUCUCCACCAACUCUGGUUGCAGUCCCCAGACCUCGCCCCACGCCCCCAAAGUGUGCGAACUGAAGGCGGAAGCGUAAUCUUGGGACUGAGUCGAGAUCCUCUUCCUGAUUGUAUAGUAGAUCUAAUUUUUUUUUGCGCAGGUAGCUAGCCUUAAAUAACUUUUUUUUCUUCUUUUUUAAAAUUUUUUUUAUUUACAAUAAGUAAUGUUAGUUAUUUAUAAUUAAAAUUAACGGGAAUAGAAAGUUCCCAGUAAAACCUACUAUUAUACAAAAUAAAUACCCUAAAUCAAAUAAAUGAAAUAAUU